GGUUUGUUUGACUGGUUGUUGACCUACAGGUGGUCAGUAGGUGCGGACAUGUUGCUAAGUCACAGUCCAUUCAAGCGCCUGUCACACUGCAGACAGCAGUGAAGUGCUUUUGACAAUAAAAAGUAACGUUUCUGACGCUGAAGGCGCUUGAUGUCAUUGUUUAAAAGGUUCGCUUGAUCGCCGAAACACUCGAGUUGCUAACUACUAGCGUGAUUUAUUGUGAAGUUUGAUGUGCUAGCCGCUUUGACUGGAUCUGACAGGUCACAAAGACACUUUUUGAUUCGACUUUCUGCUGGUGUCUGCCUCUCAUGUCAGGACUCUCCUCCACAUAGUGAGUACAGUGCUGUUGUACACCUGACAUGCUCCAGUGCUCCUGGGACUGGGGUCCAAAACCAAGCCCAGUGAUGGGCUGUCAGUGAUGUCAGGUCACAGGGUGCUACUGUGAGCCUUGACCUUACUGUGCAGAUAGAAUGAACAUGAGGAGUUUAUUGAACCUCAUCUGCCUAUUCUGCACAUCAUGUUCUAUGAUGGAAUGUUUUCUUUUUUUUUCAUUAUAUUCACAUAUUUGGAAACGCUGUACUACAGAUUAGCUUUGUCUCGUGCCAGUCAGUCACUUUUGCUCUGUCUCUAAAUGAUGUCACAUUCCGACUUCCACAUCCAGCAUGUCACAUGACCGCCCAUGCACACUAAGUCUGUCUGUGUCAACAGGGAGUUGGCUGUGUCGGCUGCUCCUGCUGACUUUACACCUCUGUCUCUGUGGUGCGUUCCCUGAUACCAUGUUUGUGAAUAAACGUCGAACUGAAUUCCAGUCAAGUCAAGGAAAAAGUGAACUAUGAUUCACCACAGAUUAGUCAUUCUGUUUAGAAAGUGUGGAAAUAUAGCACCGUUAUUUCAUAAAUUCUCAACCGUCAAUGUUGCUGUGAGCAUGUCUGGAUACGUGUGUUGUAAUACAGCCUUCAACUAAUGGGGAAAUUAGAUGUGUGACAAAAUCAACAUGGGAUAUUGGCUGAACCACUUCGAGCCACACCCUUUGACAAACAAAGUUCACUGCUAAUGCCAGAAAAUUGAGUUAUGCACCUUUGUUUACUUUGCACUUCGUGUUUGAAAUGUUCUUGAGUUUUAACAUUCAGCGAGUACCAAUGACAUUUUUCUGUUACUUCCUUGGACGGUAAAUAUGAUGCAGCCGCUGUUGUGAAAUUUCAACUUGAACAGUAUGAAAGUUGGCAGGAUAAGUGGAUACAUAUAUGUAUAUGAAAGCCUCGCUGCCUCCUCAUUGAUGCUAUGUUACAACAGAAUUGCUGGAUUGUAUACAGUGCAAACAGCCAUAACCAGUGAGCAAAGGAAACCCUGAGCUCCAAGGUCACACAGCCUCUAUCGUCUAAUGUCAUUGUAAACACCGAAGCAGCAUGGUGUGUUUAACUGUUUUAGCAUGUCACUUCAUCCCUCUCUUGUCAACACAAUGUCAUUUUAGAAAGUGCAGCCUGACUUGUCAAUGAUUCAUGAAGGGAUGUUAUAUUACACAAUAUGUUCAUAGCUUUUAAUCGCUUUAUGUUCCUUUGCACUUUCGUCCCAACCUGUGUGCACAAAAAUGGAUUAUAGCGGCUUACAGAUCUGGUCUUAACCGUAGACUGAAUGAUUUUGUUGCUCUGACAAAACAUACUCGAUCAUGAGCGCCGUGUGGGAAGUGAAGCUACAGAAGCAAUAGCUUGUAGUCACAGUCUGUUACAAUACAUCAAUUUUAUUUAGCGCUUUUCUCAGGUACUCAAAGACCCUGUACAGUGAUUCUGAAAAGGUGGGCUUUGAGUUGACUUUUUAAAGAUGUGACUAUGUUAGUGGGCUGGAUAUGAAGGGGCAAAGACUUUUCAGAGAGUGGAUGGCGAAUGGCAAAUGACUUGUCGCCCAGGGUGUGGUAUUUUGACUUGGUGAUAAGGUGAAAGGUGGGCGUCAGCAGAGCGGAGGCAAUGAGUUGGAGAAAUGAUCCCUAAAUGAAUCAUCUUUGCAACAGUCUGGUCUCUAACACAACCAUUGUAUUGUUGGACCACUUAUCUGUUUUGAGACUGAAACAGAAAUGAACAUGGUGUGGCCAGUGGGAAUGUUGGUCACAGCUGUCCCUUCAGAGGAGUCCAGUGUGCAGUCCUGGGUGUGUGUUUGCUCAAGCGCCACUGACCGGCCUCCUCCUGCUGCUCACACGUAACUGCUGUUGGAAAGUGCCAUGAGUUUGAGGAAAACAUUCGUCAUUCACUCUCACAUAGAACAUACUCAGUACCCUCGCUGCCCUGUCGUACUGUUAAUGUGUUCUUGGUGAAUUGUGGCCUCACAAUUGUUUACUGUUGUUUUGGCUCCUCACAUGAGUAGAAUGAUAAUCGCCAAGUGAUAAUUUCAUAUUUCAGACCGAUGGCUGAUUCUUCUGGUCUCUAAAUGAGACAUUGCAGUCAAUAGAAUGUGUGGAAUGGCUAUGCACUCGUAUUUGAGUGACAUCUAAUGGUUUGAACCAGCAAAAGCAAGUCUGCUCAGCAUCGGUGGAUAUGGACAGUUGGCGGAUCUCAAAUAUCUGGAUUAAAUCUGGUGAGCAAAUUGAAUCAAAUACCCCAAAUGUGCUUCUUAAAAGACUGCUGGAGUGUGAACUCACUUUCUACUGAGACUAGGUCGAUCUACAUUAUGAGAAGAUCCAACACGGAACUGAGAGCCAAAUGGCUUUCCAUGUAAUUAGAUGUAAAAGCCUGUGGUUAUUUAUAUGUGCAAUAUUUGUUCUCUUCAGUCAGGAGCUCAUAAGCUGUAGUUUCUCUGGCAGAUGUACAAUAGUACAGCUCAGGUCACGACUCCAAAUAUUAACCGAUUAUCUUUGUUGUUUGAUCUAAUAUGUGAAGUGUUUUUUUUUUUUAAUUGCUGUUUUUAUUGGGCAAAACAAGUUGCCUGCAGUCUUGUAUUGUGCACACUCAGCCUUUGGCUAUUAAGAUGAGGAUUGCCACUGUCCUGGGUUCCACCUGCAUAAGCCUUGCGACUCAUCGCUGGCAUUGUCAUACUGACUAUGUCAUACUUUCUAUGUUCAUUUAACUAAAAGCAGUGCUGUGUCCAGCCCACAUGCCCUCUCAUCUGUCAUCUGUAACUAUGUCUGUGUAUCCAAGCAGGGGUCGAAAUAUUUUUCACAAAAUCCUAGGUUUAUUGCUCAUCUUGUGCACUUGAUCCAGAUAGUUUCUGAUCUCUGUUUGGCCUUGAUAAUUAUAAAGCUAGAAAUAAAAUAGUCAUACACUUAAGGCUAUUUCACACACAAUAAUUAUGAUUUUCAAUGAGGAGAUGACCUUUACCUUAGUUGAAGGAACUAUUUGGGCUCAAUGACAUAAUAUGGUGAGUAUUGACUGACUGAGAAUGAAUAUUAUAAUAGUAUAAUAACACUGGACUCCAAAGACAAGUUUGUUUUCCUACUGUGCUGUAUAAAAGACCACUAUAUUCAGCAGCAGUAUUAUUGUUGUCUCUUAUUGGUCUUUCUUCUUCAACAGUUCUUCAAAAUUGCUUCAAAUUAAAAAUUAGAAGUAAAUCUUCUUUAUUCUAAAAACAGGAAGCAGCUUUUUUCACUCAGUGUUUUUUUGAGGCCAGCGUUUCCCUCGUUCCGUGGUUGGUUACCUCUGGGUGUUGGUUAAACCUUGUGGCUUGUGGUUUAUUUUGCCCAGCAGUCUUGGUUCAUUCGAGUUAACUGCAAAGCUCAGCUUCAUCAGUUUUUCCAUCCAAUUGAAAUACAGUAUAGUACAUUGCAUGGUCACAUGGAGUUGGACGUUAUUUUAAAGCGCGUGACUCACUUGGGCAACCAUGUCUUGAGGAAGUAGAUAUGAACCAUCCGGCUUUGGAAAUGAACUUACUGGCCAAUUGAGAAAUGGUGACUGUUGGUCAACUUCCUUUUUUUGUCACUUGUAUUCACUCUUCUGAUCAGGUCAACAGCAUCAGUUCUUCAUAAAGGAACACUUAUUCAAAUUAUUCUUAUUAUUUUCAGGCAUGUCACUUGUAUUUUUAAGUCAGCGCAGGGUUGAGUUGAUUGUCAUUGUUGCCUUUGACCCAGUAGAAUGCAUCAUGUCACUUUCCACUUGAUGGAUUGCUGUCACCUGAACAUCCUUUUUUUCAUACCACGAGACAGAUUUCUGGCAAAGAGUAGGAAACGUGAACUAUGUCCUCAAGUCAUAAGCUGAAUGGUUGUCUCUGUGUGCUUUAAAACUUUCUGCGUCCACAUUUUGUAACAGUACCAAAACAUACCACAAUUGCUACAUGGAAUGAACAAGAAAAUAAAUGGUGUCUGUGAUGUUGCAAGUGGAUUUAAACUUUUAUUACUUCCUGAUCUGCUGUUUAAUUAAUGGCUCUGUUGCCAGCGUUUGGAAAAUUAGUCCAAAGGUCAUCGGCAUCUAUGAAAAGGUCCACUGGUAAUCUUUUGUUCGCCUAAGGAGUUUUACUCGGCAUUUUUGGAGGGGAGCGCGAUGAUUUUUUUUUUUUAAUUGAGCAUCUGAAUUGUGAACAGUGAUUUGUUUAUGUCAACAUUUAUGUCUAUGACUCUUCUCAGGUAUUUGUAGUAGUUGAACGACCUUCAUUCCAGUCGUGGUUAAAUGUUUUAUAACGCUAACCUGUCUGUCUGGUCGCUUUUACACUUGUUCCAUUCGUCAGCGAUGAAACUGUUGUGUUUUCUGCGUCUGGUUGGGCUUUUCUCUUUUGACCUUUUAAGGGUCACGCAUGAAACAGGUCAUAUGAAACUGGGUUAGGGUUGACUGUAUAGAGAUGGUGCUCGUGCUGCUUCCGGUCUUACAGCUUUAACAGACAGAAGUGUGAAUGUUUCCUUCAGUCUCCUUUAAUACGUUGUAAUUAGACUCUGCAUUUCAUAACAUAACUUUAUUAUACAUUGUAUUUAAUGUUUGAAAACAAAUAAUUUUGUCUGGUUUUGGUCCGUAGCAUACAGAACAGGAUUAUUCUUUUGAUCACAUCUGUCUUUCAUAUUUGAACUAUUUUAUUAAGUGGCUGUCAAUAGCAUAUGUGCCGUAAAGAAAGAUGUCCUUGCUUGUCAUGGAAGAGCAAGUUAUCCUCUCAGUAUCCUGACUGUCACUUACUUUAAUGUAUUCAUUCAUUUAAAUUUGCUCACGGAAUAACUGGCAUCACUGAUGCGUUUUUCUCCAUCCAUAUCUCAAGUGUGGAGUCACUUUAUGACGGGCUAAUAUCAAAGUUCUAGUGAAAAGAAUGAUAAAGCAUCUACUAAUUCGUUUUCCCAGCUUUAAUGAGAUUGAAGUGCACAUUUAAUCUCAAUUGAUUGAUCAGCCUGUGUGUUUACUUCUCGAGUCACUUGUCACAAAGUUCCAGAAAUCUGACUCACUGGUUCCGGUAUGAGUGUGUGUGUGUGCGGGGGAGGGACACAGUAAUGAGAACGAGAGUAGAGCUGAAUAGUCGUCCUUGUCUCCACGAGGUAUGGGUGAUACCACCACCACCACCACUACUCGCACAUUCGCACAAUCAUCUAAGCACAAUGAGAGGAAGCUGGUGUAAACAUGUCAGUCUCCUGGCAAGUUCAGCCACAUUCCAUUUUUUGAGCGGUGGGGGGCAAACUACAACUCUCUUAUGUGCUAGUAUUGAUUUUUCAGAAAAUAUUGAUUCUAGAGGAAACAGGAAUUAGCAUGUUUUGAAAUAACAAAACACUUGGUUUGUAAAGACCUGUGUGUCGUAUGCUCUUACUAACUAAGAACGUAAUGAAUGAAUAUAGUCUUCUGGAGGGUUAGGUUGUCCUUGCUUUGUUCAAUCUCACUUUAUUUCAUAAUAUAUAUGAAUAUACUACCCCCACCCCACCUCUUGUUAUGUGAUGAAUAUAUUACGUACGUAGUUAACUGUCAGUUUCUAUUUGCCAAAGCAAGUAAUGACCAGCAUCAUGAAUUUUUCUGAAUUUAUAUCAAAGCUACUUCAUAUUGUUUGGAAUGAAGAGACCAUAUUUGAAAGAUUCCAUCCACUGAUUCUCAGAGCCAACACCAGAGCAUGUUUUUUUUUCAUGUAUUUUUCUUUACUCGACAGUUAAUAAUUACCUACAAGUUUGACCAUAUACAGCUGAAAGACCACAAGGCAAAAGUGUCUUAAGUGAAGUCCCUGGGUUUUGUGAGUUUCCAUUAACAUUUAUCCUCUCCCAUCAAAAUGUCCAUGGCCAAGAUGUCCAUCAAAACUGACAACCGAACGGCAACAGUUCGGUCCCCAAACUAACAACAUGUUCUGAGCAGUAGUAAUAUUGCAUAGAUUAGACUGAACAGCCGUUGCAUCACUCACUCAACCCGCCUUGAAAUACUGGUGUAAGGUACCAGUAAAAUGCCUCCCAAGUCCAUCUGCCUUAAUGCACCAGGAAAGUUUGUCGCGCACACAGUAGAUGCAAUGUAUUAUCUAUCACAGGUGUCAUGCUGCUGUUAGUUUUCUGUGUUCCAUGAACAGAUUGGCGACUCAAAAUGUUAAGGUAUGUAGAUGGUGUAACUGGCGUCCCCCAGGUGCUGUUGUAAAACCUUAAAUAACAUUCUCUUUGGUAUUCGACUGUGAGUGUGCAAGCAUCAGCCGGUCGUGUUGGUUAAAUGAGUUACGCAAUCCAGAAAGUUUUUUUUUUUUUCCAAAGAAUGUUUUGAAUGAGAGUUGUGACUAAAGUGGCAUUGUGUUUAAUUCCUCCUGCUCUUGCUGAGAGAGAGGGAGAGUUGUGUCUGGGUAGUAUUGUAAUGAUAUUUGUGGGGCAGUUCAUGAUUUUUGUCUUCUGUCUGAGUUGGUUUGCAUUGACCUUUUUUUUUUCGUGUUGGCAGGUGUAUUAAAAUAUAUAUAUGUAGGUCGAGGAAGCGCUGAGCCAAAACUCUCUUUCUGUUGUUAUGAGAUGCUAGUUUUUGGGCCGACAAUGUCCAUGGCUACAUCAUAUCUCAAGUACAGCAACAGAUAUUGAUUUCAUUGGAAAUAUUGUUUUCAUCUCCUUUUUAUUUGAAUGAGUUGGAAACAACCACUGAUAGCAUUGCGGAAACAUAAAAUAUUGCGUAUAAGUCCAAAAAAUACAGACAGGAAAUAAAAAAUACAAAAUAGACCGACAACCAAAAAUAUUUGUGAAAUAUGUCUAGCUGAAUGAGAUUAUAUCCUGUAGCCUGGGUUUCUUUUUCAUGGAUAAGUUUGGCAUUUGAAAGAGGAUAAGAACGGGCGCGAUGUUUGCAGUUUUGCCAAACAAACGUCUCUUUUCAGACCAGGGUAAUGAAGAAGGUGUGAGCUAAACUCACACUCCUGUUCUGCACACCUCUAGCGUUUCUGUCCUUUGUUGUGAGUUAGCAAUGGCAGAUUUGAUUACUAUCUCUUUUGUCAGAUGAACCUUAUAAAUGUUUUGUUACGCUUUUGUAAACUUCCACCAUUUACAUGUGUGCAGCCUCAGUCCUGUGGAGUUGCUGGUUCUGCCAGAAGGAAGAGGUGUUGCUCCCACUUUGCUAGAUGACAGUCAUUUUUGAAAUGUUGCUGUCAACGACGUUCGCUCGGAACGAUGAUCUAUUUUGUUGUCAGGUGUGUUUUGGUAUUCAGAGGAGGGCCUGAAAUGUGCUCAGGUUUUACCCCCCGCCCCCGUCAAGGGCUCGCGAAACCAGUCAAACCAGCCUUGGCGGUCUCAGUGCACAGUGCUGCACUGAGAUCACUUUCAUGAUCACUGGCAACUUCUUUAUCAUUAUGACUGCUGUGUCUGUCUCUUUCUGUUUGGUUCUCUUAUGAAAUGUUGAAUUAGGGUAUUUGGGCAGCUUCCUAUUUCACAAUAGACUUGGUAUAUGUUGUGUUUUAGUUAAAAAAAAAAUCCCCUAACUGAGAGCAAAUUGUUUCCGAUUGCCAUUCGUGAUAACUUGAGGUAGUCAUUUGCUCUUAUCUGUCUUCUUUGCUUCCUCCUUGAACCAGUUGGGUGGGACAGUGAUGUGAGUGAGACCUCAGUUGACAACAAUGUCAGAAAGUAACGCAUGAAAAUAUGAAAUAUUAUUUCUUCCGCACAUGUGUGAGUUGGGGCCUCAAUGACCUUGGUUUGGAUUUUCAUAAAGAUUCAUGGAUUUGGUUACAUUGUCGAAAGACCCACGCACAACAAUCGGGAGAAUAGAAACUCACAAGGAUUUAUUCAGCAUUUCUUUCAUCUGUGUCAAAGAAAUGGGUUGUUUUUGUGGGUGUUGGAGGAGAAACAAUGCUCCCCUUCAUGACAACAGUGAUGCCACUGAUGUGCCGCCCUGAGCUUGCGAAUAAUAUCAUCUACCCACCCAUGAGAGCCUUGGGUGCAAGUGUUCCAUGCUGCGGUGUUUCACUGAGGGUGUGGCCAGGACCUAUUGGGUGGCGGUUGCAAACGAAUCGCAUGCAUUUUAAAGCGGUGUGACUUUAAAAAGGGGCCUGAGAGUUACAGUCUCAGUUGUUGCUGUUCUGCGUUUGCAUGCACACAGAGCUUCUCUCUCUCUCACCCUAGGACAACCUCUGUCCCUCCCUCUUCUCUGAGCGCCUUAUUCAUCCAGGCAGGGAGGGUGGGGAUUUAGACUCCGGUACCAGUCACGCCGUGGGUUUACUUCCCCUAGCUCCCCGUGGCUUCUUUUCCUCGCAUUGCUGUUUUUUUUGUUUUUUGUUUUUAAUUUAUUUAUUUUGCUCCCUGUCUGUCAAGUUUUACAAACUUGGACGAAGAUUCCACUUAACGCUGUUUAGAUCUCUCCUGGGAUACAAGAACAAGACAGCAGACUCUGCCCAUUGAUGUUUGCUCUCACCACAGACAUGAUGGUGCUGUUGUUGAACUGUGAGCCUCGGCACCAAAUGCCCCACCAUCGGUUCAAAAACCACAGCUUUUUGUAUCACAGUGUGACGAUACAAGAGUGCAAACAUGCUGCGGGAGAUUAAGGAGAUUGGCGCACAUGCCAUGGAUAUCUACGACUACCUCGUGGCCGGAGUCGAUCCACGACUGAACGAUUAUCCACUCAUGCAGAGUCCCGUGCCGAUGACCAUCAUCCUGCUCUGCUACCUUUUCUUCGUUCUGUAUCUGGGGCCGCGCAUCAUGGCCGACCGCAAGCCUUUCCAGCUGAAAGAAGCCAUGAUAGUGUACAACUUUGCUCUCGUGGCUCUGUCUAUAUACAUUGUUUAUGAAUUUAUGAUGUCUGGAUGGGCAACAACGUAUACAUGGAGAUGUGAUGCAAUCGAUACGUCAAACAGUCCUCAAGCACUCAGGAUGGUCCAGGUGGCUUGGCUCUUCUGGUUCUCCAAGAUUAUUGAGCUCAUGGACACGAUCUUUUUUGUUUUGAGGAAAAAACGCGGCCAGAUCACCUUCCUCCACAUCUUCCACCACUCAUUCAUGCCGUGGACCUGGUGGUGGGGAGUCGGCUACGCUCCUGGGGGAAUGGGAUCUUUCCACGCAAUGGUGAAUUCAAGUGUCCACAUCAUCAUGUACUUCUACUAUGGACUGUCAGCUGCUGGACCUCGCUUCCAGAAGUUCCUGUGGUGGAAGAAGUACAUGACUGCCAUCCAGCUGACUCAGUUCGUCCUGGUUUCCCUUCAUGCGACACAGUAUUACUUCAUGGACCGCUGUGACUACCAGUUCCCCAUCAUCAUCCACCUGGUCUGGAUGUAUGGUACCUUCUUCUUUGUGCUCUUCUCAAACUUCUGGGUGCAGGCGUAUGUGAAGGGCAAGCGACUGCCCAAGCAGGACAUCAAGCAGUCCAAGAACGGCACAACGGCGUACACGAACGGCAAACACCACGAAAACGGAAACAGCAUCAGCUACAGGAGCAGCAACGGCACCAGCAACGGCUCGGCUCACCAUGAGAACGGCAGCACUCACAAUGGCAAGAUGAAGAAGGCAUAGAGCGCCUCCAGAGAUGCCACUUCCACGAAUAACCUCAACUACCACCAAUUCCACAGAAAAUUCUGGCAGUUUUGUUUUUCAGUUUUUUUAGUAAAAACGUGGGGAAAUGAUGUGAUCAGUGAUCUCCAAAGGUGCGGUCUCACAUUUGUUUGUUUACCUGUGUUUUUUUUUCGGAGUUGGGUGUCUACCUAUACAACAAGAUGAAUGAAGAGAAGAUUUCUUUUCUCCCAAAUCUUCUCUGAUGUUGCAGCAGCUCUCCACUUACUGUCACUCGAGAGCCUCACAAGUUUGGCACAGGACUUCCCGUCACCAUGUAGUCCUGUGGACACAUGACUGUAGUUUCCAUUAAACUGGAACACACUUUUGUAAAUAGUUUUACAACACACCAAAAUAACUAAUUGUAUUGGUACACUUUCAAACUUUCUAAGUAGUUCCAUUGUGUAUUUAAG